CCGACGCCCCGGAGUGAGCGCUGGAGGGAGGGAGGAGGAGGGGAAAAAAAGGAAUCAACACAUCGGAGAAGUCCCUUCCAAGAGCCACCCCCUCCCCUCCCCGCCUCGCGCUGCUGGGCGGCCGCGGUUCGACUCCCGUCCCUGCUUCCAGCUGAGGUGGUCCUGGCUGUCACGCUGAAAUGAACCCCCAGCUCUCCUCUGUCUGCCAUGGCCACCCUUAACUCGUCCUCUACCGCUGGCACCACCCCCUCCCCUGGGCACAAUGCCCCGUCCCCGCCUCCGGACACCUCCUCCCCCCGCACCCCCUCUGAUCCUGUCACCAAAGAUCCCCCUGCUGCCCCCUCCGCCUCUGAGAGCAUGAGGUCCUCAGCGCCCGGGGGGCGGCCCCUGGAGCCAGGCUGUGGCCUCGUCCCACCAAAGGAGAUAGGGGAGCCCCAAGAGGAGCCGGGCUGUGGUGGCUUCCCGCCAAAGGACCUGGGGGUGGAAGAAGACAGGGAGCAGGAGGAGGAAGGGGGAGGGCUCCCUCCUGUGGACCUGAGCGACCACUUAGUCUUCACAGCUGGCGGUGAGGCCUGCCUAGUGGCCAAGCUGUCCCUGCCAGGGGGCAGCGAACUCCCGUUACCAAAGGGCUUCCCCUGGGGUGAGGCAGGCAUCAAGGAAGAGCCCAGCCUGCCCCUCCUUGCCCACCCACCCCCUGUACACCUCACUGCCCUUCACAUCCAACAUGGCUUUGACCCAAUCCAAGGCUUUAGCUCUUCUGACCAAAUUCUGUCCCACGAUACCUCAGCGCCAUCUCCGGCCACCUGUGAGGGAAGGGAUGGAGCCUUCUGGAGCUACCAGCUGGCUCCAAACCCACCUGGAGAUCCCAAAGAUGGCCCCAUGGGGAGCAGGGGAGGAGACCCCAGGGCACUCUUCUGGCUCUGCCUCCCGUGCCGCCUGGGUUUCGGCAGGCCCCAGGCCUUUGUGGGUCACACACAGUCUCACGGGGUGAAGCUAACCGCUGCUCAACACCAAGGCCUGCCAGGCAACCCAGCCGUGCUCCGGGAGGGGGACGAGGGCUGCGUGGCCCUCCUAAGCUUCCUGGCACCACAACUGCCUGCUCACGCCCCUUUAGAAAUACUCCUUGACAACAGCAGCACCGUGAACAUGGAGGCCCACGCGGCUCAGACCGAGGAUGGCCCCGCUGCAGCCGAAGCCCAGGCCCCUGUCCUGCCCGUGGAAGAAGGCAUGGCCCUCAGCCCGCCCUCCCCGCUGACAACCCCGGCCGCCUGGAACCCCAGCCCAAGCCAAGCCAAAGAAUCGCCGACGCUGGCAGGCGAGGCAGGGCCAGGUUGGUUCCCCGAGGGGCAAGAGGAGGAUGGAGGGCUCUGCCCCCCGCUCAACCAAAGCUCACCCACCUCCAAGGACAGGGGCGUUCUCCCUGCCCCAGUGGGCUCCCCCGAAGACCCUGGUGAGCCACCCCAGCCCUAUCGCCCAGCCGACGACUACACCCCGGUCCCUGCGGCCUUCCAGGGCCUCAGCCUGUCCAGCCACAUGGCUCUGCUACACUCACGCAACUCCUGCAAGACGCUCAAGUGUCCCAAGUGCAAUUGGCACUACAAGUACCAGCAGACCCUGGAUGUGCACAUGCGGGAGAAGCACCCUGAGAGCAACAGUCACUGCAGCUACUGCAGCGCUGGGGGCGCCCACCCCCGCCUCGCCCGGGGGGAGAGCUACAACUGUGGCUACAAGCCCUACCGCUGCGACGUCUGCAACUACUCCACCACCACCAAGGGUAACCUCAGCAUCCACAUGCAGUCCGACAAGCACCUGGCCAACCUGCAGGGCUUCCAGGCGGGGCCGGGGGGGCAGGGGAGCCCCCCAGAGGCAGCGCUCCCGCCCCCCGCGGGGGACAAGGAGCCCAAGACCAAAGCGUCCUGGCAGUGCAAGGUGUGCAGCUACGAGACCAACAUCUCCCGCAAUCUGCGCAUCCACAUGACCUCCGAGAAGCACAUGCAGAACGUCCUCAUGCUGCACCAGGGGCUGCCGCUGGGGCUGCCGCCGGGGCUGGUGGGGCCAGGCCCCCCUCCCCCAGCAGGGGCGGCCCCGGCCACCUCCCCUGACCUCUUCCAGUACUUCGGACCGCAGGCCCUGGGGCAGCCUCAGGCUCCCUUGCCUGGCCCCGGGCUGAGGCCAGACAAGCCCCUGGAAGCCCAGCUGCUUCUCAACGGCUUCCACCACCUCGGAGCACCUGCCCGCAAGUUCCCCACAGCUGCCCCUGGCAGCCCCUCCCCCGAUGCCCACCUGCCUCAAAGUCAGCUUCUGGGCCCCUUGUCCGACGGGCUGCCUGCCUCGCCGCCCCCAGAUGACAGCCCAUCCCUGAAGGUGUUCCGAUGCCUCGUGUGCCAGGCCUUCAGCACAGACAGCCUGGAGCUGCUGCUCUACCACUGCAGCGUGGGCCGGAGCCUCCCGGAGGCCGAGUGGAAGGAGGUAGCUGGUGACACCCACCGCUGCAAGCUCUGCUGCUAUGGCACCCAGCUCAAGGCCAACUUCCAACUCCACCUCAAGACCGACAAACAUGCUCAAAAGUACCAGCUGGCGGCCCACCUGAGGGAGGGGAGUGGGGCCAUGGGCACCCCCUCCCCAGUGCCCCUGGGAGAUGGGGCUCCUUAUGGGUCUGUCCCCACCCUGCACCUGCGCUGCAACAUCUGUGACUUUGAGUCCAACAGCAAGGAGAAGAUGCAGCUGCACGCCCGGGGUGCGGCCCAUGAAGAGAACAGCCAGAUCUAUAAGUUUCUGCUGGAGAUGGAGGGGGCAGCGGCGGCGGGCACGGAGCUGGGGCUGUUCCGCUGCCUGCUGUGCGCCUGGGAGACGCCCUCCCGCCUGGCUGUGCUGCAGCACCUGCGCGCCCCUGCCCACCGCGAUGCCCAGGCCCAGCGGCACCUGCAGCUGCUACAGAGCGGCCCCGCAGCCGACGAGGGGCUCUCAGCUCUUCAGAGCAUCCUGAGCUUCAGCCACGGGCAGCUCCGGCCUCCCGGGAAGGCUCCUGUCACCCCCUUAGCUGAGCCACCCACCCCUGAGAAAGAUGCCCAGAAUAAGACAGAACCAUUGGCUUCUGAAGAGGCAGAGAACAAGACUGGCCCUCCUGGAGACAGUGCCGACCAGACCAUGGUGUUCUGCUGUCCAUACUGCAGUUUCCUGAGCCCAGAGUCUGAGCAGGUGAGGGCGCACGCGCUCUCCCAGCACGCAGUGCAGCCCAAGUACCGGUGCCCUCUGUGCCAGGAGCAGCUGGUGGGCCGGCCUGCCCUGCACUUCCACCUCAGCCACCUGCACAACGUGGUGCCCGAGUGCGUUGAGAGGCUGCUGCUCGCGGCCACAACUGUAGAGAUGACCUUGACGACCAAAGUGCUGCCUGGGCCCGCUCUAAGCCCUCUGGGGGAUGGCCCAGAGCCCCCCGCUCCCGGGCCAGAGCCUGUGCCCAGCAGAGACCAAGCAGCAGAAGGCCCUCACCUGACCCCGGAAGCCAGUCCUGAUCCUCUUCCUGAGCCUCCCCUGCCCUCAGCCGAGGCCCCAGACAAGCCCAUGGGAAGCCCUGACCAGCCCCCUUCUCCAGCCCCGUCUCCAGCCCCUCGGCCCGAUGCCCAAGCUGACGAAGUAGCUCCUCCACCCACCACGGCUGAGGAGGAAGAGGGGGCUGGCGGGGAGCCCCGCCUGGCAGAGCCAGCUCCAGCUGACUCUCGCCACCCUCUGACCUAUCGGAAGACCACCAACUUUGCCCUGGACAAGUUUCUCGACCCUGCCCGGCCCUACAAGUGCACUGUGUGUAAGGAGUCCUUCACGCAGAAGAACAUCCUCCUGGUCCAUUAUAACUCGGUCUCCCACCUGCACAAGAUGAAGAAGGCUGCCGUUGACCCCUCCGGGCCUGCCCGCGGAGAAGCUGGUGCAGCACCCACCCCCACCGCCGCCACAGACAAGCCCUUUAAGUGCACGGUCUGCCGCGUCUCCUACAACCAGAGCUCCACCCUGGAGAUCCACAUGCGCUCCGUCCUGCACCAGACUCGCUCGAGGGGAGCCAAGACGGACGCCAAGGCCGAGGGGCCAGAGCGCGGCCCGGAAGAGCCCAAGGAAGGCGAGACUGAGGGGGAGGUGGGCACUGAGAAGAAGGGCCCUGACCCUGGUGGCUUCGUAUCUGGUGGACUGCCCUUCCUGUCCCCUCCCCCACCUCCCCUGGACCUGCACCGAUUCCCAGCCCCACUCUUCGCCCCACCAGUCCUGCCCUCCUUCCCUCUGGUGCCCGAGUCCCUGCUUAAGCUCCAGCAGCAGCAGCUGCUCCUGCCCUUCUACCUCCAUGACCUCAAGGUAGGGCCCAAACUGGCACUGGCUGGGCCCGCACCCCUGCUGUCCCUGCCGGCCGCCACCCCUCCUCCCCCGCCCCCUAAGGCCGAGCUGGCUGAGCGAGAGUGGGAGCGGCCACCCACGGCAGAAGAGGGGAAUGAGACAGCGCCCAGCUCACCCCCCCAGCCAACGCCCAACGAGGCGGCCCGCACUGCAGCCAAAGCCCUUCUAGAAAACUUUGGCUUUGAGCUGGUGAUCCAGUACAAUGAAGGGAAGCAGGCUGUGCCCCCUCCCCCAACCCCACCCCCACCCGAGGCCCUGGGCGGUGGGGACAAGCUGGCCUGCGGGGCCUGUGGGAGACUCUUCUCCAAUAUGCUCAUCCUCAAGACACACGAGGAGCACGUGCACCGCCGCUUUCUGCCCUUUGAGGCCCUGAGCCGAUACGCCGCUCAGUUUCGAAAGAGCUAUGAUAGCCUCUACCCGCCCCCGGCAGGGUCCCCCAAACCUCCCGAUGGGCCUCUGGAUUCACCUGCUCCCCACCUGGGCCCACCUCUCCUGGUCCCAGAGCCUGAGGCAGGGGGGGCCCGCCCCCCUGAGGAGCGAGGCCGGGCAGGAGGACGCUGGCCCCCAGAGGAGGAAGAAGGCUCCAGAGGGAAUCUUCCUCCCCUAGUGCCUGCAGGCCGCCGCUUCUCCAGAACCAAGUUCACAGAGUUCCAGACCCAAGCCCUGCAGUCUUUCUUUGAGACCAGCGCCUACCCCAAGGACGGAGAGGUGGAGCGGCUCGCAAGUCUCUUGGGCCUGGCUAGCCGUGUGGUGGUGGUGUGGUUCCAGAACGCCCGCCAGAAAGCUCGCAAAAGCGCCGGCGAUGGUGGGCCUGUGCCCAGUGGGGGAGGUACUGGGGGAGCCUCCGGCUGCCGGCGCUGCCGGGCCACCUUCUCCUGUGUUUUUGACUUGGUGCGGCACCUCAAGAAAUGCUAUGACGACCAGCAUCCGGAAGAGGAGGAAGAGGCAGAGAGGGGGGAAGAGGAGGAAGACGCAGAGGAGGAAGACGCAGAGGAGGAACAGGGCCCGGAACCCCCAGCGGGGCCCGAGGGUCCAUCACCAGAACCUCCAGACAGGGAAGAGCUGGGCCAAGCAGAGGCCACGAAGCCAGGAGGCAAAGAGCCUGAAGGGAGGGCCCCUCUCUCGCCCUCCCCCGUCCACGCCUGUGACCAGUGCGCCAUGUCUUUCCCCAGCCAGGACCUCCUGACCAGUCACCGCCGGCUGCACUUCCUGCCACCUGUGCAGCCCAGCACUGCCCCCCACCUCCUAGACCUGCCCUUGCUGGUGUUCGGGGAGCGAAACCCUCCGGUGCCAGGCACUCCACCAGUGCCAGGGCCACCCCUCAAACGGAAGCACGAGGACGGUAGCCUGUCUCCCACGGGCAGCGAAGCAGGGGUCAGUGGGGAGGGUGAGCCCCCCAGGGAUAAGCGCCUGCGCACCACCAUCCUGCCCGAGCAGCUGGAGAUCCUGUACCGCUGGUACAUGCAGGACUCCAACCCGACGCGCAAGAUGCUCGACUGCAUCUCCCAGGAGGUGGGGCUCAAGAAGCGAGUGGUGCAGGUCUGGUUCCAGAACACCAGGGCCCGGGAGAGGAAGGGCCAGUUCCGAAGCACCCCCGGGGGAGUGCCCAGUCCGGCAGUCAAGGCCCCCGUCACACCCAGCCCCGCACCCUUCCCCAAGUUCAACCACUUGCUGGGCAAGGUGGAUGAUGGGGCUGGGAGGGAGGCCCCAAAGAGGGAAACACCUGCUUUUCCCUACCCCACGGUCACCCCUGCUGCUGGGCCUCUGCCUUUCCUGCCACCUGGGAAAGAGGCCCCCACUCUGACACCAGAGCCACCUCUACCUCUCCCACCUCCCCCUCCACCCAAUGAGGAUGAGGGCCCAGAGGAACCGUCUAAAGCUUCUCCAGAGAGUGAGGCUUGCAGUCCAUCUGCAGGGGAUUUAAGUGAUUCGUCAGCUUCCAGCCUGGCUGAACCAGAGUCCCCCGGGGCUGGAGGGACCAAUGGGGGCCCAGGAGGUGGGGCUGGGGUCCCAGAUGGAAUGGGGCAGCGGCGCUACAGGACCCAGAUGAGCAGUCUGCAGCUGAAGAUCAUGAAAGCCUGCUACGAAGCCUACCGCACCCCUACCAUGCAGGAGUGCGAGGUGCUGGGGGAGGAGAUUGGGCUGCCCAAGAGAGUCAUCCAGGUCUGGUUCCAGAAUGCUCGUGCCAAGGAGAAGAAGGCCAAGCUGCAGGGGGCAGCAGUCGGUGGGGCUGGGGGCAGCAGUGAGGGCCCCUUGGGAGCCCAGCGCACCGACUGCCCCUACUGUGAUGUCAAGUAUGACUUCUAUGUCUCCUGCCGAGGCCACCUCUUUUCCCGCCAGCACCUGGCCAAGCUCAAGGAGGCAGUCCGAGCCCAGCUGAAGAGUGAAAGCAAGUGCUACGACUUGGCCCCAGCACCCGAGGCACCCCCCGCUCCCAAGGCUCCACCUGCCACCACACCUGCCUCUGUGCCCCUCGGGGCUGCCCCGGCUCUGCCUCGCCUGGCCCCGGUCCUCUUGUCCGGCCCAGCUCUGGCCCAGCCCCCGCUGGGCAGCUUAGCUCCUUUCAGCGCAGGCCCUGCAGCCUCCUCAGGCCUCCUUGGCCUCGCCACUUCAGUCCUGCCUGCUACCACAGUGGUCCAGACUGCUGGCCCAGGCUGCCCCUUACCUCAGAGACCUAUGCCCGACCACACCAACACCUCCACAGUAGGCACCACUGACCCUGCCCCAGGCCCGCCUACUGAACCCUCUGGGGACAAGGUCUCUGGUGAGCGAAAGCCAGCUGCAGCCCCCGCCAACUCCUCCACCGACGCCCUCAAGAACCUCAAAGCAUUGAAGGCCACUGUCCCAGCCCUGUUGGGGGGCCAGUUCCUGCCCUUCCCGUUGCCCUCUGCAGGGGGGGCCACGCCGCCAGCUGUCUUUGGCCCCCAGUUACAGGGGGCCUACUUCCAACAGCUCUAUGGCAUGAAGAAGGGACUGUUUCCCAUGAACCCCGUGAUACCUCAGACCCUCAUCGGACUGCUCCCCAACGCCCUCCUCCAGCCACCGCCCCAGGCCCCCGAGCCCAUAGCCACAGCGCCUCCGAAGCCGCCUGAACUGCCCGCUCCAGGGGAGGGGGAGGCCGGGGAGGCCGACGAGCUGCUGACAGGCAGCACCGGCAUCUCCACCGUGGACGUGACCCACCGCUACCUUUGCCGCCAGUGCAAGAUGGCAUUUGACGGGGAGGCUCUGGCCACUGCUCACCAGAGAUCCUUCUGCUUCUUUGGGCGGGGCUCCGGGGGUUCCAUGCCCCUCCCACUGCGGGUGCCCAUCUGCACCUACCACUGCCUGGCAUGUGAGGUGCUGCUGAGUGGGCGAGAAGCCCUGGCCUCGCACCUGCGCUCCUCGGCCCACAGGCGCAAGGCGGCCCCGCCCCCAGGGGGCCCACCUGGCGCCGCCACCAACGCCACCACUGCCGCCACGGCUGCUGUGGCUUUUGCCAAAGAGGAAGCAAGAUUACCUCACACGGACUCCAACCCAAAAACUACUACUACCUCUACACUUCUAGCUUUAUAAACAGAUAAACCAAGACACGGGGGCAGGGAGGGCCUCGGGGCUCCUUCUCUUACCCCAAGGGGUGUCUGGUGGGAGCUCAAAUCCCUCACCCCACCCUUGGCCCUGCCCACCCCCCUGGGAAUCUCUCAGUUCCCACCCUCAGUGGGCUUCACACACCCCACCUCCAGCAGAGUCCUGCCUCCUCCUCCACCCCCAGACACACCGAUCCUUCACAAAUCCUUGCCCCUUGGUCUUCACGGACAACACAUCCAUCUUGCCAUCUCGAUUAUUCAUUCACAUCCACCCUGCCCACCAGACACAAAAUCUAUCCUUGGUUUCAUCUUCCUACAGCCUCUUUCCUACUGAAUUCCCAGUCACCCCUCCAACUCCUAUAAACACACAAAUAUGUUAUCCCACGUUGUUCCACUGACUGAGAAAACACCAAAAAAAAAAAAAAGAAGAAGAAGAAGAAGAAGGAAAAAGAAAACCCAAGACAAGGAAGGGGGAAGGAAAAUAAACUUUGCCACUCCCCCUUCUCCUUCCUACCCCCCUCGUCUAGAGCACCAUACCGCUCACAAACUCUUUCCACAUACUCAGUUGGCUCCCAAGGUUGGAGCCUGGGAUGGGCAGGGAGCCCACGAAACUCUAACCAAACUGGAGGUCAGCGGGGAGAAGUGCUCCCAGCUCACUCUCCUCACACCCCUCCCUCCUCACCUGACAGGGGAGCCCCUGUGGCCUGAACUCUAGGGGAAGCCGCGGCCAGGAACCCCUCUGCCAGCCCCCACCCUGCACCCCGAAAACUGCAGUAACUUAUUCUCAAAGGCUUUAAACACAGAGAUCCUCUCAGCAGCCGUCGGCCUGCCCCUUGUCCCAGCCCUGCCACGUGGCGGUCCAGCCUCCGGGACCGGCGCUGCCCACCAACGGCAAAUCCAAAGUUCUUUUAAAAAAAACUGAAACACACAACCAAAAAAAAAACAAAAAAAACACGAGUGCGAGAGAGAGCACGCACACACGUGCGGGAGAGAGAGAUGGAGAGACCAGAGGAAUGAACUAAUGAAAAACAAACUUGGAAAAAAAAAAAGAAAAGAAAAAAGCCUGAAAACUCUCCCAUCAAACAAGUGGUUUUUUUCCUGUUUGUGUCACUCCCCACCCCACCCCAUUUUAAGGGUUCAAGGGUCUUUGAACCACCUUGUCUCUGGAAGAUCAAAUGGCUUUAAGUCCUUGCUUGGGUUCAGUGGUCCACAAGACUAACGAGAGUGCAGCCCUGCCCUGGCUGUGCCCAGCCUCAGGAGCAGGAGCUGGUAA